AUGCGGCUGAGUACCAUCCUGCUGACUGUUACAGUCGCUGCCCUCGCUAGCGCGAGCGGUGCUGCCACGACCGAUCUCUCCAAGACCGCUUCUAUCAAACUUGAACACUCGUCUGUUGCCGCUCAAGCGAAUAUCAAUGUCCACCGACGUUUGAGAAAGCAUGAUAGCCAACUCGAUCGGCGUCCAGACAGCGAGGAGAGAGCAGGCUUUGGGACCUGGCUGUCAGAGACUCUGUCGAAGUUUAAGAACUUUUUAAACAACGUUGACGAAGUGGACGACAAGAUAGCGCAGAUGCUCAAGGGUAAAACCCUAGAAGAAGGCGAGGCAAUCCAGAACAAAAUUAUAGAUGACACGUUGACCCUGUUUCAAGGGAUGGAGAAGCAGGGGAUCAAUCCGCAAAAUCUUGUAAAUCACCGCGAGUUCAAGAAGUUAUCGAAAGAGGAAGCUGUAAACCUCACGGAGAUGUUUAAUGCGUAUUGGAAGACUUUCAACGGCAAAACAAAUGUCUGA